CUCUCCGAAAAUGUAGUGAACAGAAUGAAGGAAUCCCAUCAAAGUAAGAGAGAGAUCCAGAGACCUCCCCGUGCGUCCAGUGGCGCAUCUCAGCCCUCACCACCAGCAGAAGAGAAACCCAAAUCUGCAGGAACCCAGCCACCAGUGGCAAGUGACUCUGGUCAGAAUGCUUCUGCUGCAAAGCAGGAACUGCACAGGAGGUAUGAGCAAGAGCAGGCGCUGGUCCAGGAGGAGCUGCUCCGGCUGGCCAAGAGAGAAAAGGAAGCAGCCAGUGCUGCCCUUCAGCGGGAGAGGGCCAGCGCCCAUGAGGAGAGGCAGCGGGUAGCCCAGAUGCCUGCGGAUUUGGAUGCCUGGGAGGUGGAGCUGCAACGCUGGGAGGCCGAGAUGAAGCAGAAAGAGGCCUUCUACAAGGAGCAGCUGGCCUGCAUUGAGAGGAAGAACGCAGAGAUCUACAAGCUGACGUGUGAGCAGUUCAAGGAGGCAGCCAGCAAGGCGGAGGAGCAGAUCAAGAGGAGGAACACGGAUCCUGUCUGUGCAAGCCUCCAGGCUAAAAUCCUGAAGUGCUACCAGGAAAACAAAGGUGAAGAGCUCAAAUGCUCCGAGGUGGCUAAGGAAUACCAGCGCUGUGUUAGAGCAGCUCAGAAG